AUGAUUAAAAAACCUGUUAAGUAUGAGUUAGAUGAGCUUGUAAAGAUAACGACUGAACAUAGAAUUCUUCGUCUACCUCCUUAUCAUUGCAUCUACAACCCCAUUGAGUUGAUAUGGGGACUGGCGAAACGAUAUUUCGAUGCACAUGUGGAUCCAAAUCAUGAUUACUCUGAUGAAAUGACGAAGCGAGUAUGGGCAGAUGCACUUGCAACAAUUACUCCAGAAGUUUGGAGGGAAUGUUGCACAAAAGUGAAGAGGAAGAUUGUCGAGGAUUACAAGCGUGAUGUAGCUGAUAACGAAGAUUCUGACAACUGCAGCCAAGGUCCUGAUGAUGUAGUUAACAGUGCUGUUUCUGAUGUUUCCAGGCCAAGAGAGAUGGAAUGGUACGCACGACAAGGUCGAACCCCUGACGAAUCUGUUGGUUCUGUUUUACAAUCACUAAGAAGACGGCUGUUCCCAGAUAAUUCACCCCAGACUGUUGAUGGCGACAUUGAAAACGAGCAAAUUGCACAUAUUCUUCAAACUGACGUAGAUAUUCCUAUCGGUUUACAGAAUGAUGUGACAAAUGAUAGCACACAUAAACCCGAUCAUGAAGAGGAGGAUUCUCCAAUGCACAAGAAACGCUGCGCUCGUCCCGAUAGCCUUUAUGCGCUGUGGUGGAACUGUCACCGGUGGUUUGACAGCUGGGGUUAUGUUGCCCAUGGCGUGUCUGGGUUGUUCCAGUAUGCAGGUUUCGUCAUUAUAAGGGUAUCUUUUGAUUGUCAUCGAAGCAUUGGUGUGUUCAGGUGUUUGCUUCUUUUUCCAGUUGGUUCUCUUGUGGGUUCUGUGGAUACUUCGAGAGACGCAGAUUGGUGUUUUCCGACGUUUGAGCGUUUCCAGAAAAAAUUCAUUAUCGAUAUUCGAAUUUUGGAGAUCGAUGGUAAUAGGAUCAUUGCUCUCGAGUAUCAGAAUGCAUCUAACAGUACCACACUGGUGGUUAAUGCAGACGAACCAUCACUGUGGCCUGAAACACCUCUACAAUCGUCUUCGUUCACUCUGCAGGAGUGGUUGGAGCAAGAUGUGAGCACGAAAAUCCGCACUAACGAAGGAAUCCUUCGUGUAGGUGAUUUGCAGCGGUUGUUACCGGAGAAAUGGCUCAAUGAUAUAGAUCUUCCUCGUCAGAAAAAUUUUUGGGAUUGCGGUGUAUUCCUCUGUACCUAUGCAGAGUACUCUAGCAGGAAAGUUCCUUUCGAUUUCAGUCAGGAUGAUAUACGCAGAAUACGAAGGAAGUAUAGCAUCCAUGCUAUACUUUCUUCUCAAUUGACAUUUCCAGUCUCGCUGUCAAAUCGUGGAGGAUCUGUCUAUAAACAGCAAACAGCUGGGUCAAUGGUACAGAAAGCAGUGGGGCCCCAAAACUUGACGACUGCCAUACACGGUGUCUUUCUUCACCAAUCUGCCUCUUUCCAUCAAGGAGAUAAACGUCGUUUCCCACCUGAGAGAGCCAAUGCUCAAUGCACGGGAAUCGUAACGUUCUGGGUAGUGGCAUUUUUAAGGGAACCUAUAUCGCAGGACCUGCUAAACAGAGUUUUGAUUGGAGGUGAUGCAUACUCUGCCCAAUGCAAAUCAAUCAACAAAGUUGUGUCGCCCCAUCUUCAUCCAGAAGAUCUUCUUCCGAACUUCUCCGUUUUUGGCUGUCACGUUACGAUUGGCAUUGAUCAGUGUGGCGAAGGCGAGUUUGGUGCGGGUACUCUGAUGGCUGAUCUGACUGAAGCUAUUCUUCGAUGUGUGGAAAUACAUUCCAACCAAUUGGAGACAUGUGGAUUCUUGUUCGUGGGGCAUGGAAAGACAGUGGGAUUCAAAGUCUUCUAG